AGCAGGUUUGUAGUAAAAAGGUUAGAACUGUUUAUAACAAAACAGAUCACACAGCGAAUUGUCCAGAAUGCUAAACAUGGAAAACAAUGGCGUCAGUGUCGAGUUUGUCGCCAACAUAAUCAAACAGAACGGACCAGAGCACGUCUUAAUUUUGGAUUCAAGACCAUUUAUGAGAUUCAACGAAGGGCAUUUGCCAGAAGCCACGAAUAUCCACUGUCCACCGAUUUUAAAGCGGCGGUCGAAUGGCUUCAUCCCCUUGGUGAACAUCGUGCCUUGUGAAGCUAAGAGGAAUAAAUUAGUCGAUGGGAAAUAUAAGUUAGUUAUUGUGUAUGAUGAUGACACGAGUGAGCUAAGUUUGGCUAAGAAGGACUCAAACUUGUUUUCAGUAUUGGACAGUAUGACGCAGCAAGUGAGCGUGCCGCGCCUGUACUACAUCACAGGUGGUUAUGAAAAGUUCCAUGAAUGUUAUCCACAACUUUGUAUAGCUCAACAAAUUCUACUACCGUCCUUCUUAUUGUCCUUACCAAGCCCCGUUGUUUUACCUUCACCUCGUCGAGAAGCUAGGAAUGAACCAGCGGAGAUAUUCCCUAAUGUAUAUUUGGGUGAUUCAGGCCACGCCUCCCAGAAGGAAAUGUUAAAACGGAUUGGUUUUACUGCUAUACUCAACGUUUCGUCCAAUUGUGUCAACCAUUUCCCUGCGGAUUUUGAAUACAUGACAAUAAGAGUAUGUGACAACUCGACCGCCGACUUGUCUUCAUGGUUUGAUGCAGCUUUUAACUUUAUGGAUUCCAUCACAGAGAAUGAUGGUAAAGUUUUAGUCCAUUGUCAUGCCGGUGUUAGCCGAUCUGUUACCAUUUGUCUGGCUUACCUCAUGUUUAAAAGUCAUCUUAGUCUCGACCUAGCUUACGAGCAUGUUAGAGAUCGAAGAAGCAUCAUCGACCCCAACUUGAACUUUAUGCAGCAGUUGAGACGAUACGAGAGUGAACUACGGGUGGCUCAUUCCUUGAAGGGCUGUUCUCAAGCUGAACGGAGCUUCACUUCACCCGGAACACCUAAUACCAACACCAAAAGAACCUUCAGUUUCCCAACACCGAAUUUUAAACUCACGGUUACGAAUGCCAACACGCCUCUAGUUUCACCAAGCUAACGAUACGAUGGGUACGAUUUGGUUGAUAAUUUGAGGUCCAGUUUGUACCUUUUGUUGUCCUAUAUCAGGGUACAUUCCACUUCCUGUUUUCUCACGUGAUUUCAUUCCAGAGCGCGUGCCGUGGGUGAGAAGUGAGGAGUUUGCAGGUGCGCUCUGACAUCUAUUUCCGGUAUAUCUACAUUUUGAUAUACAGUUUGAGGUUGUGCCAAAUGUUUGAUGCCAUGAACUGUUAAAACUUUAUGGGAGUUUUUGUUUUCUUUAAUAACCAAGAGGUUAGGUUGUGGACCAGGAGGACAAGGUGAUACCCGGUCAUACCUGAUUGAGCCUAGUCAACGAAGAUGAUCUAUGAAUUUAAAAAAACAAUCACCCCUUUUUAUGGAACAAAAACCAUUUAAAAGUACAACAACAACAAAAAAAAAUUAGAUGUUUGAGAAUUGUGAUUCAACAUAGCAUUUAUGGGGUGCUAAGAUGAAUUUCUAGUUUGUUUGUAUAUAGUUUAGAUUAUUUAUUGUGUAUAAAAUUUUAAUUAAUUAAGAGUUUGUUUAAAUCUGAUCCUCUUUAAUAAUUGUACACGUCAUAAUUUCUAUUUAUAUGUCUAAUUAUUAGAACUAUUAUUUGUUUAUAAUUCAACGUCAUGGGAUAGCGUUGUAAAUUCUCAACGUUCAGUGCUGAAGAAUGACGUCAUGAUUUAUUACUUCGUUUAUUCGUUAUUUCAGCGUCAUAGGGUAGGAUUUUACGUUAUUAAAUUUUAGCGUUGAUGUCGGGCAAUGAAAUUUAGUGCUUAUUUGAAAGUUAUUAUAUUUAUUUUUCUUUGCAUCUCGGUGCCAAUACGUAGCAUAAAUAUAAUAUAUAGAUGUAUUCCAAUGUUCAGAACAACGUAACACGUAGCUAUUUGAAAAUUUUGUAAGUCGAAUUGACGUUUAAAAGUAGCGAAGUCUCGAUCCGGGGGUCAUUAAAUGUAUAUUACGGGUUUUAUAUUUGACAACCAUGUUUUACUGUUAAAUAGAAUUUACGAAAGCAUAAUAAUUAUUGUCACCUUGGUUACCUCGUGGGGAAUUACAAUUUUCAUGUAAAUAUAGGAUCCAGUCAGAAGCAGAUUUACAGACAGGAGGGUAGAUCUAACUAUUAAGACCACCUGCAGAUUUCGUCAAGGUCACGAUAUGUAAGCAGGGUUAGGGCACGUGAAUGUUGCAAGGAUUGUGGAUUAGGACUUUGGUUAGGGUUGGAGUUAGUGCUAGCGCCCUGUUUAUAUACUGGAUACUGAAACACGCCAAUAUUUCUGUAAAUUUGGGGCCCACCUUUGAGUUUGGCCUAGAUCCCCCACAUCACCCACAAGUUGGUAAAUCAAACCCUUCACGGAGCAGUGGAGGCUUACGGUCAAUACCCAGUUCAUUCACUUUAGUGGAGCCUGUAUAACUACAUCCCCGGGACUGCAUGUUUACGGUCCAAGGCCCACAAUUAGAUACUUUGUAAAUCGGUUCCUGGAUUGAGUUAUUGGUUUUAUAAUGAAUAAAGAAUCUAUGCAUAAUUAAUUUGUAAUUAAAACAAUGAUCUUUGUACAAUAGCUGAUGGUUUAUUCGAUGGGAUUUUUAUAUCCCAAGAAAUUUGUUAUCUUUAAUAAAAUAGUGACUUUUUUUGUCCAGUAACGAAACAUUGGAUUAUCCAGACCUGUAUUUCACCCGAUUAAUUUCACUAUACAUGUAUAUCCAUUUUAUUUGUUUGUUUCACAGAAAUGCCUUCAAUUUUUCUCUCAUUCGCCUCGACGUUCAAAUUCCCUUUAUCUUAAAAAUUGCGAGAUUCAUACACGCAGUUUCCACAAAACACAGUCUGUGUGCUCAAUUCAUUUUCAAUUGAUUUAAAAUUAAUGCAUUUGAGAACUUAAUCACAAGUGAGUCGAUGUUGGAAAGAAAAAAAAAAUGUUUAAUUAUCAAAAAAAAAAAAAAAUGUUAUUUGAAUUAAAUUCUAGUCUGGAUGAAUGUAACAACAAUCAUCGAAUUCUACACCAUUUUGUCUCAACGGAAGAUUCUGUUUGUGUGAUAGGAGUGAAAUGUACGUCCAUUGAAAACGAACACGUGAAUAAAUGUUGCUCAAUUAUAUAUCUGUGUUUGUAAAUAUUAUUCACCUUUUUCUACUUUUUCAAUUUUCAAAUUUUUUGUUAAUAAUCAAUUUUCAUAUACAUACAUUGAUCUAAUUGUGUCAUUUUCGAAUGUCAAUGUUUUUGGAGUUUUUUGUGCCUGUACCGUUUGGAUGAUUUUGUUUGUCAUCUUCGCCAACCAGAUUGUUAUUUUGUGGCUGUAGGCUUAGGAUGAUUUUGUAUGCGUCGUGUGUAUAAAUGUCAUCUUUAGCGAAAAGAUUGUUUAUUUUGUGUGAUAAGGAAGUCCAUUAAUUUGUUUGUAUGUAGUUAAUUUAUAAUUAGAAUGUAUAUAAAUAUAAUUUAUGUUUAUGAAUUAUUAUUUGUUCAUACUAUAAAAGGGUUGUUAUUUCAAAUAUCCAUAUUUUUGCAACAAUAAUAAACACUUUAUGCAUUGUA